CGCACGCGGUGCUCUCGCAGCCCGUCCCCGACGCUCCCCUCCGUCCCCCGGCAGCGCCCGAGGUGAGGAUCUGCGCGCUGCAGUCGGGCUCCCUGCCCCGAACCGACCGGCUGGCUUGCUUCGUGACGGGCUUCUACCCACCCGAGAUCGAAGUGAAGUGGUUCCAGAACGGACAGGAGGAGACGGAGCGCGUCGUGUCCACGGACGUGAUCCAGAACGGGGACUGGACCUACCAGGUGCUGGUGGUGCUGGAGACCGGCCCGCGGCGCGGGGACAGCUACGUGUGCCGGGUGGAGCACGUCAGCCUGCGGCAGCCCAUCAGCCGGCUCUGGGAGCCCCCGGUGGACGCGGGCAGGAGCAAGCUGCUGGUGGGCAUCGGGGGCUUUGUGCUGGGGCUCGUCUGGCUGGCGCUGGGGC